UUUUUAUAUUUUUUUGAUGAUUUUUCACUUUUUAUUUAAAAUUUAAGUUAAAAUUAUGAUUUAAAUCGCUUAUUUAUCCCAAAAUCCAUUCAAAAAUCAUCAACAAUCAUCAACAUUCCAUCAAAUUCGCGAAAAAUCCUCAAAGUUACUGAACCAUUUACAAUUCGCAAAAAUAAAAAAAAAUCCGGAGCCAUUCCAAAUAUUUAUAUGCAUCGUUGUUUGUUAUUUACAACUUUAUGAAUUAUUAACAUUCCAACCAAAAAAACCAAAAAAAUGAGUAUCAAUCUGAAGACAAGAGGACUUGUUUUUGCGACUUUUUUCGGUUCGUGCAUCAUCAUUGGACUACUUGUUGCUGCUCUGACGACAGAAUAUUGGGUUGAAGCGGAAGCAAAGCAUCGCGAAGUGCCGGAAAGUCAGGGAAAAGUCAAAUUUGGAUUAUUUUCGGGGUCGAAAAAUUUAAAUAAACGCUACGGAUGGCGAUUUAAUACGACGGACAUUCAUGCCUUGCUUCGUGACGACGUGAUUCAGCAUACGUGGUGGCUUCUUACCUCUUUAGGAGUCGGAUUUGGGUUACUUUCGAGCUUUGUAGCAGGCGUCGCUUCCGUAAUUCGCGCCGCUUCAGCAUCAAAAAAGCGCGGCACGAUGGUAAUCCUUUUCGUGAGCAACGUUUCGAGUUUGGGAGCUCAAGCAACCGCUUUGAUCGCAUGGGGCAUCCAAUUUUACAAAAGUUUGUUCGACAACGUGCUUUUGCAAGACGAUUUGGCGCAAAAUUGGACCUCAGCAGGACUCGCACGAUUGGGAUCGAGUUUCUAUUUCGUCGUUUUGGGAUUUUUCAUCGCUUUGUUGAACAUUAUUUUCCUCACAUGGGCAACUAUUCACGAAAGACGGCAGAUGCGACGUUACCACAGCGGCGAUAAUGACGAAAACAAAGGAGCCAUCAUGUUAUAUUAACGCAAAAAAAGUUACUUAAAAUUAAUUUUCGACUGACUUCGAAUUAUUUUUUAUUUUGGAGAAUCUCAGCAUUUAAAGAUAAUUUUUUCCUAAUUCUCUUGCCACUAUUUACUACUUAAAAAAAUAAUGAAAUGAACAAAAAAAAUUGAAUCUCAAUGAGCUUCGAACAAAAAAAAAAGACAUUUUUUAUAGAAUUAGUUGAAAUUUUGCUAACGGUUAGUGAAAAGUUUUACCAGAUAAGAAUAUUAAAAUGAAAUGAUGCCUUUUUCUAACUUUAAACAAAAAAUGAUAUUUUUUAAGGAGAUUUGAGGAGAUAUUAUUAAUUUUUUUGUAUUUACAUCUUUUUG